AUGGAUCCCUUUAUGAGCGAUCCUCUGCGAGGUUGGAGGUUGGAAACCACCUACGAUGAUAUCGGACGCCGGUACCAUCAGCGACCAUCCGGCGCCGAGUGCUGGCGUGCCGAGCAACUCAUAGGGAAUGGCACCUUUGGCGAUGUUUGGCAAGAGCGCUGUGUUUCGGGUACCUCGCAGAAUGCGAUCCGCGCCGUGAAACAUCUUCAUAAACGGCAAUCGAAGUUUUUGGAAAUGUCGAGGCGGGAGCUCGAUGCUUUAGUCACAUUUUCCGACCCCGAUACGCUUGAGUACAAGCAGCAUUUUGUCCAAUUCCUCGGCUGGUUCGACGACCUGGAGUACUUCUAUAUCGCGAUGGAAUUUUUGGAAUAUGGCGACCUUCAAAAAUAUAUAGCUGCACCUCUCCCCGAACUCGAGGCCGCGUCGAUAGUGUCACAAGCUGCCCAGGCUUUGCAGUACAUGCAUCGAAAGAAAUUCGUUCAUCGAGAUAUCAAGCCCUUGAAUAUCCUAGUAUCCUGCCCGGGGCCCAACUGGCAUGUCAAAGUUGCCGACUUUGGAAUCUCCAAAAACACAGACGGCACUUCUCUUGGAACACAUUAUAUCGGAUCUCCUGGAUAUAUGGCACCAGAGCUAUACGGCGACCCGUCGGUCAAAUACACCACAGCUGUCGACGUGUGGUCGCUUGGGGCUGUGGCAUUCUGCUUGCGGACAGGCGAUCCUCCUUUCCGCACCAUAAAGCAUUUGCUAGACUAUGCUCGAGACCACAGGGUCCAGUUUCCCCUCCGGAAACUAGGUAGCUCGAGUGGUUUCUGCAUGAACUUCGUGCUGGGUACAAUGGCAGAACUCCCUGAACGACGAUUCACGAUCGACCAUGUCCUCGCCCAUGAUUGGCUUUCUGGGCAGCCGGAUGCUCCUGAUGAUGAGCUGAGUCCAAAACCGGCAACCAGCGCGACUACCUGGAACAUGUCGCCCUCUAACGCCUGGUCAAACACAUAUGGCAGCACCAAUAGUCAGAGGCCAUGGCCUCUUUCGCCUACCACACCUCCAACAGAGCCAGAACCAAAGCCAGAGCCAAAGCCAGAGCCAAAGUCAGAGUUUCCUUCGAUGCCCACCCCUUCUCCCACUUCUCCGUCCCAAGAACAAAUUGCAGAAGUUCAACUAGCAAGUGAUAUAGAAAAUCUGGCGGUAGUGGACAGUCAGCCAGAGAAAGAUGACGAGACCAAAACGCUCAAGCCAGAAGCGCCUAGUGAUGAGGAUCUGAAGAUGAUCAAAGGAAUGGCGGAUCUCGCGACAACAUAUCGUAGGCAAAAGAGGUAUGCCCGGUCGGAGAUGAUAGGAGAGGAAGUGAUCAAUCUUCGACGUGAAAUGUUUGGGAAUAAACAUUUGGAUACAAUCGACGCACUGGUAAAGCUUGCAGCAACAUAUCAUGAACAAAAGAAGUACGAACAGUCAGAAGAUACUGAUAAAGAAGUGGCCGCAUUGCGACGAGAAGUACUUGGCCCCAAGCAUCCGGAUACAAUCAAGGCCAUGGAUAAUCUUGCUGUGACAUAUCGUGAACAAGGCAAGUAUGAACAGGCGGCGAAAGCUUACGAGGAGCUCUUUUUCCUGCGACGUGAAUUGCUUGGAGCGCAGCAUGCAGAUACGAUAGAUUCUUUGACAAAUCUCAAUGCGAUACAUCACAAGCAAGAAGAUUUGGGCAAGGUAGAAGAGCUUGAGGGGACAGUCUCUAGCAACCAGACAAAGAUCAAAAUCACCAUCAUCGCUGCCGAUAGUCUUGACAAGAGAGACAUUUUCCAGUUUCCUGACCCCUUCGCUAUAGCGACCAUAAAUGGCGAGCAAAGACGCUCGACCUCGGUCCAAAAAAGAACUCUGAACCCCUACUGGAACCACACUAUGAAUUUCAUGGUAAAUGAAGAUAGCAUCUUAGCUGUUAAGAUCUUUGACAUGAAGAAGCUCAAGAAAAAAGAUCAGGGGCUUUUGGGUGUCAUGAAUAUCCGAGUUGGGAACGUUAUUGACUUGACGAUCCCCUGUGAUGAAACAAUCACACGUGUUCUCACAAGUCCGCACAAAACCCCGGUUGUGCAUGCACGUGUCAUCGUUAAUCUCACCAACGUUUUGUUAACACCUAUAUCCGAUGAUCGCUCCGUUCUUUCAACUGCCGCUACAGGGCCAUCCGGUUCUCAGGGGCCGCUUAUAAUCUCUGAUCCACUGCUGGUGGACAAAGAUCCUUUGCACUACCAAGCGUUAAAGCCAGUGUUCGGCGUGUCUCUAGAGGAUUUAUAUGCUCGUGAUGGGUGUGCGACGCCGUACUUACUCCAAAUGUGCUUCCGAGCCGUUGAGAUGUUUGGAUUGGAUGUGGAGGGUCUCUAUCGGGUCUCUGGUAAUGCUGGCCAUAUAAGCAAUAUGAAAGCCGUCUUUGAUCGUGGCUUGCCACGAGCAAACUUUACCCAGCCAGCAAACUUUUAUCAUGAUAUAAACAGCGUUGCAGGACUUGUGAAGCAGUUCUUCAAAGAUCUGCCUGACCCUCUACUUACGUCGAAGCUAUACUCCCAGUUUGUCGUUGCUGCCCGAAUCGAGGAUGAUAUCGAACGCCGUGACUCAGUGCACGCUCUCGUCAACUCUCUCCCCGAUCCGCACUAUGCUACUAUUCGUGCCAUUGCUAUACACCUGAGCAAGGUCCAGGAACACUACCAUAGAAACCAUAUGAACGCCAGCAACCUAGCAAUCUGCUUCAGUACAAUCCUCAUACGCACUAAGUCUAUUGGCCUCCGCGAUGUCGCUUCGCAAGUCCGCGUCCUCGAAACCAUCCUCAGUCAUACCUUCCAAAUUUUCGACAAGGACUAA